AUGUCCGCCCAGCAACCCAAGGAGAAAUCCAGUCUAGACCCCGCCCCAGCCCCUCCGUCCAUCCACGCCUCCAGCACUGGGACGGGCAACCCCCCUCCGCCAGACAUGAGGAAGAUCCUGCUCGCCGCUGUCAUUGGCAUCGUCGCGCUCUGGGCCGGACUCAAGUGGUCCAGCGGGCAGAGUGCCAGUGGUUCAAGCCAUGAAUGCAAGCAUGGCCAUGCGCUUACCGACUCGGCCAUCGUGCGGUGUCCCGUGCAGCCCGAUGUGCGCAACGUUGGCGGUGACUGGAACCCGGCAGCGAGCGAGACCGACCGAGAUAUGGCAUACGCCCGUCUGGCCGAGGCUGUCCAGAUUCCCACGGAGAGCUUUGACGAUAUGCCAAUGGACCCAACGGACUCUCGAUGGGACAUCUUUACGACGUUUGAGACGUAUCUCCGCCAGACAUUCCCACUCUUUCAUAAACACCUCGAACUGGAGCAUGUGAACACACACGGCCUUUUGUUCACCUGGAAGGGCAAGAACUCGUCCCUCAAACCGGUUAUCUUCAUGGCCCACCAGGACGUGGUUCCCAUCAACCCUACCACGCUCGACCAGUGGACCUACCCACCAUUCUCGGCCCACUUGGACAGUGAGGGGUGGGUGUGGGGCCGCGGAACAACGGACAUGAAGUCGACUCUUAUUGCGCAACUCUCCGCAACAGAGAAGCUCUUGUCGGAGAGCUUCAAGCCUGAGAGAACCAUCCUCUACUCCUUCGGCUUUGACGAAGAGAUCACUGGACCUCGGGGUGCCGGCCACCUCUCGCAACACAUUCUCAAGCGGUAUGGCCGUGACGGUGCGUCCCUCAUCCUCGACGAGGGCUUCACGGGCGUCGACAAGGACUUUGGCCAGACCUUUGCCCGCGUCGGACUCGCCGAAAAGGGGUUGAUGACGGUCCGCAUCUCCAUCUCCAUGCCAGGUGGCCAUGCCAGUCGCCCGCCUCCUCACACUGCCAUCGGUAUCGCCGGCAUGAUGUUUACCGCCAUGGAACAGAACCCCGGUCCACUGUAUCUGGAGGCCACCAACCCGCUCAUCAGGUAUCUCGAAUGUGCGGCUGCCUAUGGCGAGAUGGACAAGGACACCGUUGGGCUCGUCCGGUGCCCCCAGUGCUGGCCCCAGUUGGCCGGGGAGCUCGCCGCCGAGGACGUCGCGCUCGAGGCGUUCCUGCGUACGACCCAUGCCAUAACGGUUGUCAAUGGCGGCAUCAAGUUGAACGCUCUCCCAGAGCACGUUACCUCAUUAACCAACUACCGCAUUGGCUUUUUCGAGACGUCCCAGGACGUCCUCGACCGCCUCAUCGGUGCCAUCUCGCCAAUCGCCAAGGCUAUGAACAUGACGCUGGACCUCUUUGGCUCGCACGCCAACGUGGCGCAAAACGUCAUCCGUGUCGAGACCGAGUAUCCACCCACCGAGCCGGCACCUCUCACCCCCGACAGCGGUCCCGUAUGGGACCUGAUGGGCGGCACGAUCAAGCAUGUCUUCCCUGGCGCGGUCGUGGUCCCCUCUGCAAUGACCGCGUUCACAGAUACGCAAUACUACUGGGACCUCUCACGCCACAUUUACCGCUUUGCGCCGGCGCCCAUGACCCAGCUGCUCAACUUCCACACUGUCAACGAGCGUAUCCACAUCAACGCCCACUUUUCGACAAUUCGUUUCUUUUACAAGCUCAUUAACAACCUGCAAGGAUGGCAGGAUUAG